AUGAUACCGUUAAAUGAAGGCCAGCUUUUUGGUUUAUACGGAUAUCUAAUCUUGGUCAUCUUCCUUGCCUUAAUAUGCAUAGUUCUGCAUCUGUUUCCAGACAUAAGGGCACGUCUGCCCUGGCAUAAUUUUACUGAAGCAACCAAACAUGCGAACGCUAAUACUCCUACAUUUAACACAUCCGAGAAUAUAGUUUCACAAUCAACAAAUGGAGUGCAAUCAACUCAUUCGAAGAAAAAUCCUACUCUACGUAAACGUUCCAUUCGUAAGUUAACAACAACAACAACAACAACACUAUCAUCAACUGUAAAAUCAUUAUCACCGUCAUCAUCUUCAACAAAAUUAUCAGAUAAAUCCUCUUCCUUUUCUUCAUCUGUAAACUCCUUUAAUUCUAUUGAAUGUUGUCAAAAAUUAGAUGACAUUUUAAAAGAUGACCAAAAUGAAUGUGUUCACGAUACUAAUUUACGUUCGGUUAAACAAAAACCAGUUGCUAAUGAACUGAUGAUGACGAAUAAGAGCAUUGUUUCGAAAGACACAGACACUAUCACUUCUACGAUUCAUGAAGUAGUGAAGACAUCCAAUAGUAGUGGUAGCAGUACCAUUGCUAAAUCAUUGAAAACAAAGAAAUCAAAUCCUAUACAUCAUGAGUCGUGUAAAGCAGUAGUUGAAUCGUUAUCAUCAUUGACGUCUUCGUCUACUGUUCCUGAACCACUGAAUAACUCACAUAUAUCUACUCCUGUUCCUGAUACAUCUGUUACGCCACAAGCAUUAGAUACUACCGUGAAUGAUGAUGGUGAGUGGUUAUGUGCAAAUAUGAAAACAGUUAGACGUCGUCGACGCAAUAAUAAUAACAAAGACAUUAAACAAUUGACAAGUACAGAUAAUAAUGAUAAUGUUCAUGUUGAUGACACCAAAUUAGAAAGACACGUUCUACAACAACAACCAAUUGAGUUAUCAUCCUUAAUAGUCGCAGAAGAAAAUAGUCAAAAUAAGUCCAACUCUACACAUGACAUUGGUAGCAGUGAUCAACAGUAUUUAAUAACUAGUCAAGAUAUUAUUAAUUCUAAAACUAAUAAAAAUUUGGAACCUGAUUCUAGUCAUCAAUCUGUAGUGGAAUGUUUCAAAAAUAGAUCUUCAAUGAUAGAAAAUGUCAAUUCUUCAUUGAAGAAACAUUCAUUAAUAGAUCAGUUUGUUUCUAGCACUACUACUAAUACUACUGCUACUACUACUAGUAGUAGUAAUGAUGCAUCUCUUGGUGUUCUUCAUUCUAAUUCUACUAAUACAUCAAAACGUAAACGUCGUAAUAUUCCACGUAAAAAAUCUACUGAUGAAAUUAUUAUUAAUAAUGACAAUAUAGAAUCUUAUAGUAUAUUAUGUAAUGAAAAUCAAUCUGAUGAUAAUAAUCCAAUGUUAUCAGGUACAACAACAACAACUACUACUCCUCCUCCUAUCAAUUCAUCAAUGAAACGAAAUUUAGAUAAACAAAAUGACGAUGAUGAAAGUGGCUUUGAAUUAAUUGAACUUUCAAAUACAUCAUCAUCAGUGUCGUCAGCUGUUGAAUCUGAUGAAUUAGAAAUGCAUUCAUCAUUAAUAACUACUACUAGUACUAAUAAUACUGUUGUUGAAAAGUCAUUAUUACCUCAAGCAUCAAUAUCACCACCUGAUCUGUUAUCACAUUUUCCACCAUUAAUUAAAGCAGAUAAUGGUGAUCCAAUUUCUGUAACAAUGGAAGUAGAACUCCUUGAAAGUGGAAGACAUCCACAAGCGAAUAAAUUACUAAAAUUAGCCUUAAGUAAUAAUAAUAAUAAUAAUAGUAAUAGUCAAACUAGUAAUCAACAGGAACAGUUAACUGAUGAUCUUGUCGGUGGGACUUGUAGUAUUAGUAGUCGUAAUAGUAAUAAUAAGGAUGGUAAUAAAGUUACUACGAAGCGUUCAAAAGUGAGAAAAGCUGAUUAAAUGAUAAGAAUAUGAUAUUCAUGUACUAUUCAACUACUCUUUUCUCCCCCCCCUCUCUCUCUUCCUCUUGUUUUCUUUUCUCAUUUCAUCUAUAAACUUAUAUCAGAUUAUAUUUAUUGGUUUCUUACAUUACCUCCUCUCAUUGUAUUGUCCAAUUGAAUCAGAACAAUCUAUUUGUCACUGAUCGUCAUUAUGCUGAUUAUGUUUAAUAAACUUUUUUGGGGGGAUAAAAUGUCCGUUUAUUCUCAUUUUUUGUUUCCCCUUCUCCCUCUCUCUGAAGCAAAUAAUAGUAGAAAAAAAUAGGGAUGAAGUAACUCAUCCCAUUUUCUCAGUUUUACCCCCCCUAUUUUUCCUCUUCUUAUUCUUUGGGUUUUUGUGUUUAUUUUUUUCCACGUCUAUUCUUCCUGAAUAUAUAUUGUGUGUAAAGAUGGUUUUGUAAAAAAAGAAAAUCAACAAUAGACGGAUACUCUUUAUCAUUAUUUCCUUCCUGGUAUAGAUUGUGUCAUAUUCCAUGGUCUAUGUUGUUUCCACUUUGUUUUUCUCUUAAACUAUUAUAUUUCAGAAAUACUGUCGUUGUUGAUGAUAUCAAUCUAUGUGUGUGUGUGUGCGUGUGUAUGUGAUAUUUUGGAGUCUCCCCUUUCCAGUGUGUUUUUAUCGCUGCUUGUUUUCACAUAUUUUUUUUUUGAUGAUCCUGAUGAUGAUUUGUCGACCUCUGUCUAUUUUCUUCUCAGUGUUUCUUUUGUUGUUGUUGUUGCUGAUUGUUUUCCCACUGUUCAUUUAUGACUUUUUUUCCCCCUUUUAUAUUAAAUGUUGAAACUUUACAGCAAUAUCACUUUCUUAUUUUAUUACCACUAAAUUGUUUGUUCUAUUGGCCUCAUAUUUUUUUUUAGCGCCAAAUAAAUACUGUGAUAUUUACAUAAUUAAUAUGCAUCUUGUUAUAUUCUAUUUCGGGAUAAACAAAUAGUGUCAACUAUUUUUUAAUUGGUCAACUGAAUGUGUGUCAAGGUCAAGUAGACAAGGGCGCUUAUUUUUUUGUAUUACUCUUUUUUGAUUGGUUAGCUGAUGGUAUGCAUUAAUUAUAUCUGUCUGUUAAUUUGUCCACGAUAUACUUCCCAAGGUCAAAUGUGAUUUUUAUGCAUUUUGCUGAUUUCUUAUUGGUUGGUUAUGUUAAUAGUGCAAACAGUUUAUUUAUUUAUUUUUAAAAAAAACAUUUAUUGUCUUCUUCAUACUUCCGCCAUUGAUGUAUGAUUGACUAGAGAGAGAGAGAGCAAUUGGGAGAUUUGAUUUGUUUACACAGUACACAAUGGUGUGGAUACAAAAAGAGUAAUAAUGAUGGUGGGGGUGGUGUUGUUGUUGUUAUGUCUUGAGUAUUAUCAAAGAGAGAGAGUAACAAACAAACAAACUUCACACCCUAAUAAUUAGUCAAACAGCUUCUAUAGUCAUUUGUGAAAAAUAAUAAUUAUUAUUUAUUUACUUAAUUUUUGACUUAAUUAACUUAUUAUUGUUAUUUAUGUCUAUAUAUUACAAUAUUGCAAUGAUGAUCCCUUUCUCCCCCUCCACCCCUAACUUUGAUCGGCCUAAUUUUCUGCAAUCUGUUUUCUUGUUGUUGUCUCAGUUUAUUGAUUAAUUAGUUAUUUUUAUUAAAAAAUAUAUAUGUAUUGAUCGAUUGAUUUGUUUAUUUUGUUCAUGUGUGUGUGUGUGUGUUUACGUCUGUGCAUUUGAAGUGGGAUAAUUAUUAUUAUUAAUAAUAAAAAGAUUCUUGAAAAUAAAAUGAUUUAAAUGCCUCGUUCUUA